AUGGCACACUGCGAUGACUUUCACCCCCAACCUUUCUCGAUCCGAAUAGAGUCACCCAAAGGCUUUUCACACUCGCUACCCGGCCCCGUACCGACUACCACAUCCCGGACAAAUCUCGUGGAUACUCCCUUUCCCUUCCUUUCGCUCCCCCGCGAAUUGCGUGAUUUGAUUUACAGUCAUACCUCUCACGAGCGCGGGAUCCACUAUCGCGACCGCAUAAAAGCUGCCACGCAAUGGAGCACGCCGCGGCGAACACUCGCCUCCCACAUCAACCUACUCCUUACAAGCCGCCAAAUCCACACAGAAGCCCUAUCCACACUUUUACGCACACAAACAGUCGAAAUUUCUCCAGGCAAACUCCACCGGAAGCGGAAAUAUUCAAAUCAGCUCUCACUCUCACACGUACUAUGCUCAUUCCCGCUCGCUCCCGCGCGCCUAAUGACGCGCGUUCAGGUUGUGUACGAUGAAUAUUCCAUUUACCUUCCAUCAAAAUUUUCCUACCCUUCCCCACCGCCCAGCGACGGAGAACUCAUGUUCCUAAUGUGGGAGCACAUAGUCCGCCAUGCGUGGACGCUGAAGGAACAUUUUCCCCAUUUGACCAGAUUUGAGGCGUGGGCUCGCAUGCUAAGGGAGAAAAUGGGAUGUACAUUUUGCGCUGAACAGCGCGAUUGUCAUACCCUUGGCGAGUCGGAGUGGCGCCAGAGAGUGAAUCAAGUAGCAGCAAGGGUAGUGAGCUGGCUUGAACGAGAGCUAGGCGGGACGGAACUUGCUCCACCGCCGUGGUUGAGGAUUAUUUUGAGUGAUGAACCGCAGCCUAGUACCUCGCGUAUAACCUUUUGGAGAGCUCAGCGCGAGGUACCGGACGAGUCGAAUGAGUCAUUUUUGCGGUUUCAGCACGAGGUACUUGAGAAAACGCACUGGUUGCUUGCAAAGAAGAGAGCGUUCACGCAUGAGGAGAGAGAGGCGAGUGGGAGGAUAUGGUUGGAGCAGUAUGGUAUGAAGAGAAAGCGGGGACGGACGGGGUGGUGUGAAGAGGUUGGUACAGCGUAA